CCUAACCCUAACCAUCCAUCAUUUGUGCGAAAAAAGGCAGCAGAGGCGGCGACUCUACACUUCCCUUCUCUUACCUUCUUCAAGAAGCCGUUAGCCAGUUUCAUAACAAUGGCGUAUGCUGCAAUGAAGCCUACCAAGCCGGGUUUGGAGGAGCCCUUAGAACAGAUUCACAAGAUCAGAAUCACUCUCUCCUCUAAGAAUGUCAAAAACCUCGAAAAAGUUUGUGCUGAUUUGGUUCGUGGUGCGAAGGAUAAGAGACUGAGGGUUAAGGGAUCAGUAAGAAUGCCCACCAAGGUUCUUCACAUCACCACCAGGAAGUCUCCCUGUGGUGAAGGAACAAACACAUGGGAUCGAUUUGAGCUUCGUGUCCACAAGAGAGUCAUUGACCUAUUCAGCUCCCCUGAUGUGGUGAAGCAGAUUACAUCUAUCACCAUUGAACCCGGUGUCGAGGUGGAGGUCACCAUCGCAGAUUCUUAAACGAGUCUUUCUUUUGCAUUUUGCCUUUACAUAGUUUAAGUUUAUUAGAAAGAAACAUCAUCGCGAUUGCACACCAUUUGCUAGGAUUGAUCCCUAAGCAAAUGAGUGUUGUGGGGUUUCUGUAGUUUGUGUUUUCCCAUAC